UUUGCUUGUAAAGUUGAUUUUAACCACUCAAUCGCGCGUUCCCCGCGUUUUAUCCCCCGGCAUCGCAGAAACUUAUACGUGGGAUUGUGUGAAGUAUAUCAGCCCCGCAAUCCACACUACGAAUAACAUACGUCGAGCUUUUCUAAUUAAUCUAAAAACAUAAAGUGUAAUGAACGGAAGAUAAUAGCAGACACAUUCACAGACAAACGCAGAAAGAGAACACGCAAAAUUACCAGAAAACGAAGAAAAAAAUCAGACGAAAACAGGAUGUGCAGUGCAGUGAGUGUCAGUUUUGCGUUCUCGUAGCCCUUACUCGUUGCAUAUCGCACUGCUGCUGCAGCUGCUGGAACUGAAAGAUGAAUUCUGAUUGACCAUCUAAAGAGUCAGCCGCCUGGGACGACGAAAGGGAGGCGCCCAUCUGUAAAUACGUCCAAAAACAUUGUCCUUUUCCAUGUGCAUCGUUUUCUAAUUACAUUUUGUCAACACUGUUUUUCAUCUUUAUCAUCAAAGCAUGUAACUUCCUCAAUAUUUUUUACAUUUUAUUUUAAAUCUCAUUUUUUCCAGUGAAAAAAAAGAAAGAUAUCAUUUUGUAAGAAAGUUGAGGAAUGUGUCUGUUUCUCAGUUUAUGGAGAACUGUGAUAGUAAAAGGAGAGGCUCAUCAUUCUUAGCUUUUCUGAUGGUUUGUUCAGUUCACCACCCUCCCUAAUAACAUUUUCACGUACAACGAGUAGUAAAAUUGAAGGAAAGAGUUUAUCAUAAGCAGGAACAGCAGAAAUAUUAUUCUCCCCUCCCAUCAUCCCAAAGCAAUUGUCUCAACAUUUAGCCCGCGAAACACUUGCAAUCAGUGUCCUUUGUUCCGUGCCGACCCUCUCCCAGUAGCGUGCUUGCUAACCAACUAAAGACAGCAAUUAUUCACACACUAUUGCUUAACAUAAAACAAAACAAACAAAAAAACAUAUACAUAUACAGUGACCACCACGACUGCACGGUGUGAUGUGGUCCAUGUCCAAUGCCAUAUGUAAAAAUAGCAAUCAGCAAAACAGCUUACGGAAGCGAUUCUGUCCAAUUUAUAUACAUACAUAAAAAUAUGUAGCCAAAUUCCGUUUGUUUUAUAACAAAACUGCAUAGCUACAAAAUGGAAGAAACACACACACACACACACACACACACACACACACACACACACACACACACACACACACACACACACACACUCACUCACACACACUCAGCAUAAAACAAGAACGGAUGGGGAUGAAAAAUGCUCCAACACAAUACAACUACUAAUCAUAAGAAGAUAACAUUUAAAAAAAGAAAACAAAGCUGCUAAAACAUUACAAUAAAAAAAACAACAGAAUAACAAAACAGAAAAACCCACAAUAGCUAAUCAGGAGCAGUUUAAGCAAAUGGGAAUGGGUAAAGAAAGAUAACAAAAGCCGAACACAAAACGAAACAAACAAACAAAACACCCAAAACAUGGUGAGAAAAUGGUGCAGUGUUUUAGUUGCCAUGUCUUUUGUUUGUAACGAAAUCUCUGUAAAAAGUGUCAACGAAGCCUUCCGAGACUCCUUACGAAGGACACAAACUCGACACAUCAUACUCCCGGCAAGUUGUAGCUGUGUACAAAACUAAACCUCUUUCAUUAGCAACACUAGAGUAGAGUGAUGUGGUAUGUUUGUGUGAGUGUGUGUAAUAGUUUGAUUUGAAGGUAGUGAAACAGAAACCUGCAAUAAGAAGAGUGUAAGCGCGCCGAGGCCGGAUUGAGUAAGAGUAGACACAAGAACACAAGAAAAUAUUUGAGCCGUCUGGGAAAAGCAAUGUAGAAAGUGGAACAAUUUAGCAAACAGAAGAAAAAGAAAACGGAAAUUCUCUAGAAAUCAUUUUAAAACAAACAACAUACAACCGGAAGUACGAAAGCAGAUAACAAUCAUUCGAAAAUGGGGCGACAACAGAACGCAAAACACUAUGCGCAAAGCAGAGACGUUGUUCGACGCAAACGGACAUUAGAGGAAAACGUGGCAGAUUCGGCUAGGGCGGACGGUAGUAAAUUGUAUAAAAACAACAAGUCUGGCAUCGGAACUGGGACAAAGUGUAUGAAAAAAGAGAGAAGAAAAUAUGGCAGUGUCUGGAUGGGGACGAGCAAUAUAAAACACAUACUAUAUCAAAACUCGAACAAAUGACGUGAGCACAUAGUGAGUUGGUUGGGUUUAAGGUGAAUUACAUCAAUUGGGAAAGGAUACAUAAUACUUAGUGUUUACAGUUCCAUAGCUCAACAAAACAAUACAAAAAGCAGCCCGCUGCAUUGAAGCUGCAAGUGCAGAAAACAAAACUGAAAUCAGAUUUCCGAUCCAAUUUGCAAAUUUGCAGUAGAAAAGUGUAUGUGUGGUGGUGGGCAGAAAGUAAACAAAGCAAAACUUAAACAUAAACAUAAACACACAAACACACACACACACAUGCAAAACCCAUGAGUGAAACAAACAGGAAGAAUUCGUGAUCGAUGUUUCAUUAAAAAAAAACAUGAAUUAAAAGCCAGCUGUGUACAGAUCUACUAAGUUUCAACAUGAAUGAUGCCCAACUCCUAAACGCACGAACGCAACUACGUCAGCACGUUGCCAGCUUAAAAAAACUGACCAUCCAGUGCUUAGCAAUUAGGCGCUACGUAUUAAAACCCAGUUAUCAUUACAAACAGAUCAUUAGAAUGGCAUCGACUUUCGGUGGAUUUAUUUAAAGUACUAAGCGAAUGCGCAGCACGGAACGGUACAGCAAUGGCUCGAGGAUCGAAUUAUUGCUAUCUCCAAGA